CGGCCUCCUCUAGUAGUGUACACACGCGCGCACAGAGCUAGCCUGGCCAGCCAGCCAGCCAGCCGUGAACAUCAAUCAAAUCAUCCAAGUCCAUCACUCCUCCCCCGUCACAUACACAGAUAUACUCUUCUGCCUCAUUGUCGCUACCCAGAAGGCCUGCAGGGGUCGCAACAGGCACAUCCAUAGUAAACCAGGCGCACAGCCACCUGAGGUCCAACUCGAGACACGACUGGCUUUCGCUGAAAAGUUCUUACCACAUCCUUCUCAUAAUAAGCGGCCUCGUUGACGAAGAGGGCAUAGAGGUCGUUGCGUGUGUCGGCCGUCAUCAUGCCGGCGUCAUCGGGGUCUGUUGGCGGCAUGCUGCUGGGCUCGGCCGCUUCCUUCUCGCCUGGUGAUGGCUUGAUGCUCUCAUCCUGACCGGUCGCCUGGAUGUCCCCUGCAGGCCAGGCAGCACACACAGACAACAGAUAUGUAGACCGGGGAGGGGAGGGGCGUGGUACAUGUGGUCGUGUUGGUGUCCUGUUGUGUUCCGCCCUCCCUCACCGAUAUGGAAGUGUCUUGUGGUGUCGUCGAACAUCUCGAAGGCAUUCAUGCCGUUCUUGAGGGCACAGAAGUCCUUCUCGUCAAGGUCGGGAUGAAUGGCGCCACGAAUCUCCCCUGCACACAGCGAAAAGAAAGAGACAGCAUAAAAGAAUGAACCCAUCGGUCAUGGUGUGCCGGCUGAAUGCAGUGGUGCCCACCGAGUGAGUCUCGUGGGAAUGGAACGGUGCCGAUCCUCUCAUAGACCUCGAGUGUGCAGCUCUGCUGCCGCGCCCUCUUGAGGGCCUCCUUCUCGCUCAGCAAAUUGUUGCGGCUGGCCCACCCCCCACAGACAGACAGGCGAACACACACGCACAUUGGUGUGCGUGUCUGUCCGCCCUGUCUGUCCGCCCUGUCGGCACUUACAGUUCGAUGUAGUCGAGUGCAUGCAGCAGGAGCCUCUUGGUGUCGAGCAGCAGAUCUGCCUUCAGCGUGCCGUGAGGUACCGGACCAACCUCCACUGUCAUACCUGCAUACACGCAUGCAUAUUUUGAUGCAUGACAUCGACAUUACACAGACAUCUUUCCUGUGUGUGUGUAGGUGUGUUGGGCGGACCUGAUCUCGCGACCGUGGGCAGGAAGCAUGGCUCUUCGUCCUUGGGCCACGUGACGGUCUUGAUGGUCGGCUCCAGCAGCGACAUGGCAGCAGCUACCUGUAGCCACACACACUCAGGACGUCUCGACGCUGUACAUACAUUUGGGCUGACUUGCUGACAUGCGCACCUCGAAGGCGAAUGCGUCUCCGGGAGCGAAUAUGAGUGUGGUGUGCAUGUUGGCGGUCGUGUUGUGGAGGUCGAGAACGAAGUCCAUCCUAGGCGUGGGGGACGCCUUUGGCCCCAGCUCCUUGUCGAGCUGCCUGGCCCUCCGCAACUCGUAGGUGAUAUCGUCAUCAUCUUCGGCGCUGCCGCCCCCCUCCUCAUCGGCAUCCACCGACACCGUCAAGUUGUCCAGUGUGAACACACGGUUGAUGUCCUGACCAACACGCAUGCAAUGCAGGUGUGUGUGAUGUGUGAGGCAGUGAACCAGUCCAUGCAGUGCACCCCCCCUCCGCCCUGGGGAACUGUCUGUCCGUGUACCUUUUACCUGGUCGAUGUAUCGUCUGCAUGCCGCAAUGGCCUCCUUGUUGACGAGCACCGGAUGCACAUCGAACGACUUUCGAAAGAGCUUCCCCCUUGACCUCUGGAAGUACUCGGUGAGGUGCACGCCAUUCAGCUCGUUGCCAUGCGUCCCUCCGCAUAUGGCCACAUUCUGAGAUCAACACACACCACAGAGCUCAGCAUUGGGCAAAUGGUGCGUUCUUCCCACGCCACUACCUGACCUUGACGAUGUCCUUGUCCCCGAUGUGGCGCUUCGAGAGAAAGGCGAGCCUCUCCUCCUGAGACAAGCUGCUCGGGUUGCUCAUCGCAAUAGAUCUCGGACAAAAUGCGUCAGUAAUGGAUCAGAUGGACGUGUAGGCGUGACCCUGACGGACUCCU